UGUACGUGCUUCACUUCAAACCAUGGAGUCAUCUCUCUAUCUUGCCUUUGUGGUAACUCUCGUCUGUGCCGCUAUCACUAUUGUUGAUGGCGAGUUUGACAAGAAGAUGUUAAUAGAACAUGCGAGGACGUGUAUGAAGGAGGGAAAUUUAAGCAAGGAGGACAUGGAAGCUGUCAAGAAACACGAGUAUUCUGAAGAAAAAUACAAGUGCUUCAUCAUGUGUAUUGGCGAAAAGUUAGGAUAUAUAAAGAACUUUAAGUUUGAUGAGGCAGGAGCCUUAAACGCGACAGAGGCUAUUUUUGGUGAUGACGUUGACAAAAAACAAAAAGCUGGACAGAUAGUAAAGGACUGUGCUCAGAAGUUACAAGAAAACCCAGGUAAAGGAUGUGACAUUGGACCCUCGGCAGCAGAGUGCUUGGAGAACGGGAUCCUUGAAAAAGGGGUGAUGGAACAGAGUGAAUAUACCCCGUAACGUUGAGCCAAUACGCUACCCUGCACGCUGGCCAAAAUGAUGUGAUUUUAUAAAUAAUUUACAUUAAAAUGAUUGUUUUUCUUGGAAUAAAUAAACCAUUCAU